AUGGGGGUCCUGUGCUGGGCUGGGCCUUGCACGAGGAAGCCUGGGCCCCAGAAGACCCCUGCUCUCAUGAGGACGAGGGCGUCCCUCUGCUCCCGCAUCGCUGCUUGGCCAGCCCGGCUCUCCCUGACUCUGUCUGUCCCACAGCUGACACCGGGCGGGAAGGCGGCCCAAGCUGGCGUGGGAGUGGGCGACUGGGUGCUGUACAUCGAUGGGGAGAGCACCAGUUCUAUGACGCACAUCGAGGCCCAGAACAGAAUCCGCGCUUGCGGGGACAGGCUCUGCCUCACCCUGAGCAGGCCCGAGAACCACCGGGGAAAGCCGCAGAAGGACUCACUCCCUUGCUCUGAACCCCUGAAAUAUAACUUCGCUCCCAGCACCGCCCUCAACAAAACAGCUCGGCCCUUCGGGGCCGGCUCGCCUCCGAACCCACGGCCUGGGCUGGUGACGAAACCCGUGACGUACGUGCCCCUGGCGCCCACCUGCACCCCCCAGCACAAUGGGUAUGUUGCUGUCCCCUCUCCCUCUCCCCAAGCCGAGCUGUUGGCGGAGCCGUGGAUCUCGCCUCGCUCUCACCCUGCAACGGGCACUGCCCUCGCUCAGCCACUGCUCUGUCACCUCGGGAGGGUCCUGUAUGGGCACCUGGCUGCUAAGCAGGCUGUCCCCAACCAGGGUGUCCUUACA